AUGGACACUCCAAAACAUAACAUUAACCAUAGGGAUAUCAUCAUAGCAAAUUCCGCCAACACCACUCCUUGUCAAGUACAUACCCAAUCUAGCACUGAGGAGACGUUUAACCAGAAAUGGCUGAUUAAGACAGUCCCCGGAAAGUCCGACAUAUAUACUUUUCAGAACAUACGUACCGGGUCAUACCUUGAUCUGCGCGACGGAUCAAAGGCGAACGGAGCGCUUGUUGUAGGCUGGGAACUUCUCCCAGGGACACAAUGGGAGUCGGUACAACAAUGGAAAAUCAUUCCUAACGGAAACUAUACUAAGAUCCAAAAUGUUGCUAGUGGAACUUAUCUUGACUUGCUGAAUGGCAGUAGUGCCCCUGGAACACAAGUCCACGGCUGGGCUUCGAAUACAACAGAGACUCAAGACUGGUUCCUGCGCCGUGUAAGCCGCACAGACGUUGAGCUCCGAGCUAUUCUUGCCAAAGACAUACACAACGCGCCCAACUUUCAGGGUUUUACACAAGAUGGACUAUAUCUUGUUCUCCCUCAGAGUGUCCGUGACGCUAUCUAUGUCAAAUCUGGGUUGAAAACUAUGAAAGGACGCGGUCAACUCUUUGACAGUGAUGAUUAUGCCAUUGUUCUCAAGGCCGAAGUUGCUAAGUGGGGUAUUGCAACCCUUCUAGCUGAUGAUUUUGGAAUUCUUUGGGGACUGAUUUUUGGCACAACCGGAAACCGUAGUCUCGCCUACAAUUUCUACCUCAACGAGAACUUAGAUAAUAUUGUAUUUUUUGAUCCCUACACUGGAGAAGAGAAGGUAGAUAUGGGAUAUAAGACCUACAUGGCCGUGUAUUGA